AAUGACACAACAACUGAAGGACCAGCUGAAGUUUGAUAUAGAAUGGGGACACGAGCGGUUGGUACGGGCACAGCAAACCGUGGAAAUACGACCGUUCGAUGUGGAAUCAUGGUCAUUGCUGGUUCGCGAAGGGCAAAGCCGGCAUGUCAACGAGGUACGAUCGCUGUACGAAUCGCUGGUGUGCGUGUUUCCUACGACAGCCCGGUACUGGAAGGUGUACAUCGAGCAGGAGAUGAAGUACCGCAAUUACGAGCGUGUAGAGAAGCUGUUUCAACGCUGUUUGGUGAAAAUCCUCAAUAUCGAUCUGUGGAAGCUAUACCUGACGUACGUGAAAGAAACUAAGGCUGGACUUAGUACGCACAAAGAAAAAAUGGCGCAAGCCUACGAUUUCGCUCUGGAAAAGAUAGGCAUGGAUCUACACUCGUUCUCCAUCUGGACGGACUACAUUACUUUCCUGAAGAGUGUAGAUGCUGUCGGAAGUUAUGCGGAGAAUCAGAAGAUAACUGCAGUCCGGAAGGUAUACCAACGUGCGGUCAUAACUCCGAUCAUCGGUAUCGAGCAUCUGUGGAAGGAUUAUAUCGCGUUCGAGCAGAACAUCAAUCCGAUCAUAUCGGAAAAAAUGAGUGUGGAACGUUCGCGAGAUUAUAUGAACGCGAGGCGUGUUGCGAAAGAGCUGGAAAUUGUAACGAAGGGGCUGAACCGUAACCUGCCUGCUGUACCGCCAACCGUAACAAAGGAAGAGGUUAAACAAGUUGAGCUGUGGAAAAAGUACAUCGCAUUCGAGAAAUCUAAUCCGCUCCGUAGUGAGGAUAAUGCACUCGUGACACGGCGCGUCAUGUUUGCAAUUGAGCAGUGUCUGCUGGUGCUCACACACCAUCCAGCCGUUUGGCAUCAGGCGGCCCAGUAUUUGGACCAAAGCUCGAAGCUGCUCGUCGAAAAAGGGGAUCUCAAUGCGGCCAAAGUGUUCAGUGACGAAGCAGCCAACAUUCUCGAACGUGCUAUUAACUCGGUGUUGAGUAGAAAUGCGCUACUCUACUUUGCGUACGCCGAUUUUGAAGAAGGACGCUUAAAGUACGACAAAGUGCAUCAGAUGUACAACAAGUUCCUCACGAUCAAUGACAUCGAUCCGACACUGGCUUACAUUCAGUAUAUGAAAUUUGCUCGCCGUGCCGAGGGUAUAAAGUCAGCACGAGCUGUAUUUAAGAAGGCACGGGAGGACGUUCGCUCCACCUAUCAUGUGUUUGUAGCGGCGGCACUGAUGGAGUACUACUGCAGCAAGGAUAAGGAUAUUGCGUUCCGUAUAUUCGAGCUGGGGUUGAAACGGUUCGGAGGAAGUCCUGAGUACGUCAUGUGCUAUAUUGACUAUUUGUCGCAUUUGAAUGAGGACAAUAACACCCGCGUCCUUUUCGAGCGCGUGCUUUCUUCGGGCGGAUUAACGCCUCAGCUUUCGGUAGAAAUUUGGAACCGAUUCCUCGAAUUUGAGUCCAACAUUGGCGAUCUGUCCAGUAUUGUGAAGGUUGAACGGCGCCGCAGUGCCGUGCUAGAAAAGCUGAAAGAGUUCGAGGGAAAGGAAACGGCCCAGCUCGUCGAUCGGUACAAGUUUCUCGAUCUUUAUCCGUGCUCGCCGUCCGAGCUUAAAUCGAUUGGGUACAGUGAAACGCGUGGCAUGCAUAGUGUGACCGGUGUAAAGCCACCAGCUGUCCCAGCACCGGAACAGCCGGAACAGCGGGCACAGAUUGCACGGCCCGACUUUUCCCACAUGAUACCGUACAAACCGAAACCGAACGCGUACCCGGGCGAACAUCCGGUGCCGGGCGGUGCCUUUCCGCAGCCGACUGCAUUGGCCGCAUUGUGCGCCAUGUUGCCACCACCCACCAGCUUCCAGGGACCGUUUGUGGCGGUGGAUAAGCUAAUUGAGGUGUUUGAUCGUAUACAGCUUCCGGAAGUUCCACCGCCACCCAGCGACAGUACGGCUGAUUCGAGGUUAUUUGAGUUGGCAAAAUCAGUUCACUGGAUCGUGGACGAUAGUAUUUACGCGAGCGAAGGUGGCCUUAGACGACGUCGUAUGGCACCGGGCGGCGAGGAUAGUGACGAAGAGGCGGUUGCACCGGCCCCACCAGCGAACGACAUCUAUCGACUACGACAGCAGAAGCGUUUCAAGUGA